AAUUUUCGGGUUUACGCAAUUUUGUUUUAAUUUAAUUACGAAUAUAAUAUUCGGUUGGUUAAUGUAUAAUGAAUACCCUCAAUAAGCUUAAACCAUUAGUCAGUAGCGUAAGUUUACUGUCCCGGAACUAUGCAUUCAAAUCCGAUUUGAAAAUCAAGUGGGUGCGACCGGAAAAAAUUCCUUGCUACAAGCCGCAGAAGAGUGGCGAUUUGCAUCCGAUUCGUGCGGUAGGCGGAACCGAGCUGCUGAAAGAUUACCAAAAUUCGAAGGAACUGGAGAGUGCUGAUGAUACAGUCAAGGCGAUGUUCUCCCUUGAACAUAACCGCAGACGGGAGAUGCUCGAGAACUUCAAGGAGGAAAUGGUGAAGCGGGUUCAACGGCAUGAGCUGGACUAUGGAUCUAUUGAAGCUAAGUUGGGUUUGAUGACGGCCCAAAUCAGAAGUCUACAGGAAGUAAUGGAAAAGUAUCCUACGCAAUCCGCUGCUAAGGUUCAUCUGAAGGAACUAAUUGAUAAAAGAAAGCGUUUCUUAAGAUAUCUGAGACGCUGGGAUUAUAGGCGCUUUGAAUACAUUCUGGAGAAACUCGAUCUGGUUUACAAACCGUAUCCGACGCAUUUCCAUUGGAUUACUCGUAAAGAAUCAUUGCAAAAGUUGACCGAUAUUUACUGUGAGAAUAUAAAGAAUACUCGCCUGCAGAGCUAUCGACAGUCACUGGAAUCGCAACAGGUAGAUUUCUUAGCGAAGAAGCUGGAAAACUUGGAAUUCAUCCGAAAGGAGCAGACUGAGUGUAAGGUCCCUAUCACCGUUUCGUCAGAGCAGAUUCAAGCAGUGAAAAAGCAAUACGCAGAGCUCAUGGAGAAACGAAAACAAUUGGAGCAGAAAACUCACGAAGAGGAAUAAGUAUGGUUGAUAUAAAAAACUGGUUUCUUUAUUUCGUGUAUAAAAUAAAAUAAUAAAAUUAGUUUCUAGUAGAGUAUUGAA